AUGGCAUCUUCGGGAGUAGCAAUAAAGCUUGGACAAGGAGCACUGCGUGAAUUGCGUAUCCAUCUGUGUCCUACCUCAUCAGCUAGUGCUGGUGUGAGAAGUUUCAUCGAGAAUGAUUAUGUACCUUUAAAGAAGGCCAAUCGACAGUUCCCGAUAUUGAUCCGAGAAUGCAGUGGAGUACAACCUAAAGUUUAUGCCAGGUACAAUUGCGGUAUUGAAAAAAGUAUCCCGCUGGAUAAUAUCUCACGAUACAAAGUGCUGGACAUUAUCAAGGAUUUAGUUACUGGCAAAGUUUCGUGA